AACCGUACAGUUAUAAAGUCCAGUGUGUUUCGUUUCAGAGAAAUGUUGAUACACUUAUUAGAAUAAAUGCACAAGAGUCCAAAAGAAGAACAGGAUGAGUGUCUCGUUCUCUCAGAUCAUCUGGAGAGUUUGUAAUUUAUGCAUGUCAGUGUUUUUCUCGCUGGCAACUUACGUGCAGAUAAAUGAUCCGGAUGCUGUCUUGUGGAUGGCUGGUUAUGCAGUUCCAGCUGGACUGUGUUUUUUGCUUUGCUGUCAACCACAAAUAACAGAGUCACUAUUAUGGAGGCGAAUGGCUGAUCUGCAUGUGCUUGUAGCCUCUGCGUUUGGAGUCAUUCUGGGCUGGAAACUUUAUAAAGAGGGAAUUACAGACAUUUUCCAGCAAGAGGAAGGAAGAGAAUGUUCUGGACUCCUGCUGACGGUUUUCUGGCUGCUGUUGUGUCGGCAUUCAGGAAGGAGUUCUGUGGGCUCUGUCAGGAUCUGCACUGCUGUGGGAAUUACUGUGUUUCCCUUCAUCACGUGGAUCUAUUACUACAUGAAC